GCUGCGCGGCGGCUGGAUUACUUCCUGAUGGGAACAGCUGGAGGGAGCGGAGCGCCGCGCAGACACGGGCAGAGCGCGGGGGGGUGCCCGGCAGGAUUACAGCCCUGCGCGCUGGAGGCGGGAGGCAGGAGCGGGAUUAGCGGGGAAGGGCAGAGGGAGCAGGAUUUACCGGCUUUUCAGAUAUGCAUUACAGCUUUUUAUAAUAUUUCACUGGAUUGUCUAGGACUUUGCCUGGCUACAACACGACUUCCUCGACCGUAAAAGAAAGGUUUCAGCACCGGCUGUUAGCUGUUAGCUCAGCAGAGCACGACAAUGGCACCACGCCGGGCGCGUGCGGAGCCCCUCAACCAGCCCGGUGCCUGAGGCCGGUGGCAGUGCCGCACCAGGCUGCUCUCUGUGCCGCGGCCAUCCGGGAAGAAGGCUUUUUGUCGGGAGAAGGCACCGAAGUGAUGGGCUGAACUUAUGGGAGGAACCAGUGCCCGGCCAGACGGAGAUUCAGGGGCCCGUCGGGAGGCGUGAAGGGCCCGGUUUCAGUAAGGGCAUGGCCAAAGCUUUCUUCAGGCUACAGAAGAUUCUCCGUCGGACCCAGUUUCUGCUCUUCUUCCUCACAGCAGCUUACCUGAUGGCUGGCAGCCUCCUGCUGCUACAGCGGACCCGCUUGGUUAUCCAGCAAGGUUCACGUGGGACCUCCGCUAAUCAGGCCCUGCCAAUGCCGGACGGGAUGGCCGGGGUUGGGAUCGUAGACCCCAGGACGCUGCAAAACUCCCGCCCCAGUCCCAGGCUGCUGGUGGGCAUGGACGCGCUGCAGGAGCCGGCCCUGGACCAGCGGCACAGCCCACGGUGGCUCGUGUCCCGCAACUCGGAGCUCAGGCAGUUGAGAAGAAGGUGGUUUCACAGGUUCAUCAGUGAUCAGGAGCCCAUGCAAACAGCAGGAUUUAAAGGGAUGAAGCACACUGCUGAGCACAAAGGCACCUACAUGGGAUGCUUCAGUGAUGAUUCAAGGGAAAGGACACUGAAGGGAGCUGUGUUUUAUGACUUAAGAAAAAUGACAGUAUCUCACUGUCAGGAAGCUUGUGCUGAGAGGGCUUACACCUAUGCGGGCCUGGCGUACGGAGCAGAGUGCUACUGCGGGAACAAGCUGCCAGCCACCGCCUCGAAGCCUGAGGAUUGCAACAGCGAGUGCAAGGGGGAAAAGGGCUCCGUCUGCGGAGGGGUGAACCGGCUCUCUGUCUACAGGGUGGAGGAGCUGCGGGCAGGAGCGAGAAGACGGAGGAAUGUUAUCUAUCGAGGAUGUUUUAGAGCUCCAGAAAAUUUAACAGACACCUUUCCAGCCUCUUUGAUACAGCCCAAUUUGACGGUGGAGAUGUGCUCUGAAUUUUGCUCCAAGAAAGAGUUUCCCUUGGCAGUCAUCCGAGGGCGGGAGUGCUACUGCGGCUACCCCACUGGGCGCUUCUCGCUGCGCGACGGCGCAGAUAGGCUGCUCUGCAGCGGGAUGCACAACACCAGCAGUGCUGCCGAGGGAAAAUACUGCCUGGUCUAUCAGACACCGGUGCAAGACACCCGCUGUACGGACAGGAAAUUCUUAACCACCAAAUCCAAAGUGUUCGUUGCUCUGUCAAGCUUUCCUGGGGCUGGGAAUACAUGGGCUCGCCAUUUGAUAGAGCAUGCCACAGGAUACUACACAGGAAGCUAUUACUUCGAUGGAGCCCUCUACAACAAAGGUUUUAAAGGAGAAAAAGACCACUGGAGAAGUAGAAGGACCAUCUGUGUGAAAACACAUGAAAGUGGCAAGACGGAGAUUGAAAUGUUCGACUCGGCAAUCCUGUUGAUAAGGAACCCAUACAAAUCACUGAUGGCGGAGUUCAACAGGAAAUACGCCGGGCACCUGGGGUACGCCACCGACCGCAACUGGAAGAGCAAAGAGUGGCCCGACUUCGUGAACAGCUAUGCCUCCUGGUGGGCCUCCCAUGUCCUGGACUGGCUGAAGUAUGGGAAGCACCUGCUCGUUGUCCACUACGAGGACCUGAAGCAGAGCCUCAUCCCCAAGCUGAAGGAAAUGGUGGAGUUUCUGAAUAUGACCGUGACAGAGGACCGACUGCUCUGCGUUGAGAACAACAGGGAUGGGAAUUUCAAGCGGUCUGGUGCUAAGCAAAAGGAUUUUGAGCCAUUCACCCAGGAAAUGAAAGAUCUUAUCAACAGAUACAUCUUGACGGUGGAUGAAGCCCUGAGGGGGAGAAACUUCACAGGGCUGCCCAGAGAGUAUGUGCCAAGAUGAUAGCCUGGUAGCACUCUGCUGUGUUUAAAAAUAAAAGUAUUUUUUUCUUAAAAAAAAAAAAAAAAAAAGGCAACCAAAAAAAAAACCCCACCAAAACCAGAGCUUUAUAGCAGUUAAAGCAAAGAUACUUGUGGAGUCUGCUGAGCAGUGCAAAUUCUCUCCACUCUUGGGUGUUCUUCAGGGCACUAAGUGCUCCAGAAGGCAAGCAAUGAAGGAUGGAAAUUGGGUUAUAAACCAAGGCAAAAAGCUAUUAGUGUCUACCUGUGUGUGCCCCUCCCUGCACAAGCGGCUCAGAACUUCACAGUGGAGCACUCCUGCUUCUGCAGCAGGCAUCCUGCCUUCUCACCACCGUUGCCAUCACAGACCUGCCAGGGGCUGCUUGGGUUUUCACAGCAACUGUGUUGGAAAUGGACGUAUGCAAAGGGGGAGGAAGAAAAAAAAAAAAUUCUAACACUGAUCAGCAGUUUUCAUCUGAGCAUUUAAAAAAAAUCAGUUGCUUUCUUCUUAGUAUAGCCCACUAGCUUCCUUCUCCCAGGUUUGCUGGUCAGGUCACCUGCCACAGCAGAGUCAGAGGUGCAGGGGGAGAAAAGCACCAGUGGGCAAACGUGUCCUGGAUGCUAGGCAGAGAGGUGCUUCAGGACCAACCCCAGGAUUCCCUGCAGGAACGGCAUGGCCUGCGGCCACAUGAGCUCUGCAGGGAGGUGGGUGGCCCCAGCAUCCCCCCUGCAGCAAUACGCACAGCUGGGGACCAGUAGGAGAAAACAGAAAGUCAGCAUGGCCAGAGGUGGAAAUCCCUGGGUAUCACCUGUCCCAAACAGACCCAAGACCUGGCCCCAGGGGCAUGGAGGAGGCCCCAGAGGGGUGGGAGAGUAGGGGCUGUGGCCCAUGCUGGGGGCUCAGCACAGGUUUCCGUGCCUCCAUCCCCGCACCCGGAGAGUCACGGUGUGUCUGGGGAGACAGCGGGGCCAAAUGUUAGCACGCUCCAUGCGCUUGGUGCUAGAAGUGGCCAUGGCCAGGCAGCACUGACAUAAGCCCGCACCACCCAGGGAGUAGGGGCAAAGAGGAUGAGCCCCAGCCCUGCCGGCCCCAGCACGGGCAGGAUCCCAUCUCCCCUUCCAUCCCUGGAGGAAGACAGAGGCAGUCCAACCUGAGAAACAUAAAAGCUACUUACUGCUGCUCUCUGGGGCCACCCCCAGCAGCAAUGCACGUUUUAUUUCUAACUCACUGCAGUUCCCUGCGGUUUGUUUCAUCCUGUGCUGGGCCGCGUGUGCGGUGCUGAGGGAGCACGGUGCGGGGGCAGCCAGCCUUGUGGUCCUGCCCGUGGGCAGGAGCCGCCGGCAGAGCAGCUCUGAGAUGGUUAAACCACACAGCCGAAGGGGUUGCCCUGCUGCAAGAUGCUUUUGUUCAUGUGAAAUAAAGGAUUCCCUAAAACCUUGAGUGAAAAUACUAAUUUUAAUAAAACAAGAAAUUUAUAUAAAGGGA